UCAGAGUCCGUGAUACAGCUCGCUCUCUGUCACGGCUCGGUUUAACGACUCAUUGCGAUUCUUAGUGUAGGAAAUGUCUGACAGCGGCGGGGGAGAGGACGGCGGCGGCGGGAUGGAGGUCUCCGCGGCCGUGCAGACGGUAGCGGACGUGUCGGUGCUGCAGAAGCACAUCCGAAAGCUGGUGCCGCUGCUGCUGGAAGAUGGCGCCGACCCACCCGCGUCUCUAGAGAGCGCGCUGGAGGAGAAGAGCGCCCUGGAGCAGAUGAGGAAGUUCCUGUCAGACCCGCAGAUUCACUCAAUUCUGGUGGAGCGGAGCGCUCUGAAAGAGGAUGUGGGUGAUGAAGGAGAGGAGGAGCGCGAGUGUAUUUCCUACAGCGUCAGCAUCGACAUCCAUUACGGCCUCAAGUCCAACAGCCUGGCCCUGAUCAAGCGCACGGGUGUGAUCGACGCAGAUAAGCCCAUCUCCACACAGGUGCGUGUGCUGACUCUGAGCGAAGACUCUCCGUACGAGACGCUGCACUCCUUCAUCAGCAAUGCGGUCGCUCCGUACUUCAAAUCCUACAUCCGGGAGUCCGGCAAAGCAGACAGGGAUGGGGAUAAAAUGGCUCCGUCAGUGGAGAAGAAGAUUGCGGAGCUGGAGAUGGGGUUACUGCACCUCCAGCAGAACAUCGAGAUCCCUGAGAUCAGCCUGCUCAUCCACCCCAUCAUCAGCAACGUGGCCAAGCAGUGCUACGAGCGCGGAGAGAAGCCCAAGGUCACCGACUUCGGGGAUAAAGUGGAGGAUCCCACAUUCCUGAACCAGCUGCAGUCCGGAGUCAACCGCUGGAUCCGGGAGAUACAGAAGGUAACCAAACUGGACCGAGACCCAGCCUCCGGGACGGCCCUGCAGGAAAUCAGCUUCUGGCUGAACUUGGAGCGAGCCCUGAACCGCAUCCAGGAGAAGAGGGAGAGCCCGGAGGUGCUGCUGACGCUGGACAUCCUGAAGCAUGGCAAACGCUUCCAUGCCACCGUCAGCUUCGACACGGACACCGGGCUGAAGCAGGCUGUGGAGACGGUGAACGACUAUAAUCCUCUGAUGAAGGAUUUCCCGCUCAAUGAUCUGCUGUCGGCCACUGAGCUGGAUAAGAUCCGGCAGGCUCUGGUGGCCAUCUUCACUCACCUGCGCAAGAUCCGCAACACCAAAUACCCCAUCCAGCGGGCGCUGCGUCUGGUGGAGGCCAUCUCCAGAGACCUGAGCUCUCAGCUGCUGAAAGUGCUGGGCACGCGCAAGCUCAUGCAUGUGGCCUACGAGGAGUUCGAGAAGGUGAUGGUGGCCUGCUUCGAGGUCUUCCAGACGUGGGAGGAUGAGUACGAGAAGCUGCAGGUUCUGCUGAGGGACAUCGUGAAGAGGAAGCGGGAGGAGAACCUGAAGAUGGUGUGGCGUCUCAGUCCAGCUCACCGUAAGCUGCAGGCCCGUCUGGACCACAUGCGGCGCUUCAGACGGCAGCACGAGCAGCUGCGGGCCGUCAUCGUGCGCGUGCUCAGACCACAGGUGUCCGCCGUACCGCAGCACGCCCAGGGUGAGAGCGCGGAGCCGGCCGAUCUGAAGGUGGCGGAGGUGCUGUUCGAUGCUGCAGACGCCAACGCCAUCGAGGAGGUGAACCUGGCCUACGAGAACGUGAAGGAGGUGGACGGGCUGGACGUCUCCAAGGAGGGCAUGGAGGCGUGGGAGGCAGCCAUGAAGCGAUACGACGAGCGCAUCGACCGCGUGGAGACGCGCAUCACCGCACGCCUCCGUGACCAGCUGGGCACCGCCAAAAACGCUAACGAGAUGUUCCGCAUCUUCUCCCGCUUCAACGCCCUGUUCGUGCGGCCGCACAUCCGCGGGGCCAUCCGGGAGUACCAGACUCAGCUGAUCCAGCGGGUCAAAGACGACAUCGAGUCCCUGCACGACAAGUUCAAGGUGCAGUACCCGCAGAGCCAGUCCUGCAAGAUGAGCCACGUGCGGGACCUGCCGCCGGUGUCCGGAUCCAUCAUCUGGGCCAAGCAGAUCGACCGGCAGCUGACGGCCUACAUGAAGCGGGUGGAGGACGUGCUGGGCAAGGGCUGGGAGAACCACGUGGAGGGCCUGAAGCUCAAGCAGGACGGGGACAGCUUCCGGGCCAAGCUUAACACGCAGGAGAUCUUCGACGACUGGGCCCGGAAGGUGCAGCAGCGUAACCUGGGCGUCUCCGGCCGCAUCUUCACCAUCGAGAACACGCGGGCGCGCGGACGCACCGGCACCGUGCUCAAACUCAAGGUCAACUUCCUGCCCGAGAUCAUCACGCUCUCCAAGGAGGUGCGCAACCUGAAGUGGCUGAGCUUCCGCGUGCCGCUCGCCAUCGUCAACAAGGCGCAUCAGGCCAACCAGCUGUACCCGUUCGCCAUCUCGCUGAUCGAGAGCGUGCGCACCUACGAGCGCACCUGUGAGAAGGUGGAGGAGCGCGUCUCCAUCUCGCUGCUGGUGGCCGGCCUGAAGAAGGAGGUGCAGGCGCUUAUCACUGAGGGCAUCUCGCUGGUCUGGGAGUCCUACAAGCUGGACCCGUACGUGCAGCGGCUCGCCGAAACCGUCUUCAACUUCCAGGAGAAGGUGGAUGAUCUGCUCCUGAUCGAGGAGAAGAUUGAUCUGGAGGUCCGCUCUCUGGAGACCUGCAUGUAUGAGCACAAGAUGUUCACCGAGAUCCUGAACCGCAUCCAGAAGGCCGUGGAUGACCUUAACCUGCACUCCUACUCCAACCUACCCAUCUGGGUCAACAAGCUGGACAUCGAGAUCGAGCGCAUCCUGGGUGUGCGUCUGCAGGCGGGACUCAAGGCCUGGACGCAGGUUCUCAGGGGCCAGAUGGAGGACAAGGCUGAUGUGGACAUGGACACCGAGGCUCCUCAAGUCAGCCACAAACCCGGAGGAGAGCCCCGGAUUAAGAACAUCAUCCACGAGCUGCGCAUCACCAACCAGGUGAUCUACCUGAACCCGCCCAUCGAAGACUGCCGCUACCGGCUCUACCAGGAGAUGUUUGCAUGGAAGAUGAACAUCCUGUCCUUACCCAGAAUCCAGAGUCAGAGAUAUCAGGUGGGCGUCCACUAUGAGCUGUCAGAGGAGGAGAAGUUCUACAGGAACGCUCUGACCCGGAUGCCCGAUGGCCCGUCCGCUCUGGAGGAGGCCUAUAAUGCAGUCAAGGAGAACGUGUCUGAGGUGGAGCAGUACGUCAAGGUGUGGCUGCAGUACCAGUGUCUGUGGGACAUGCAGCCUGAGAACAUCUACAACCGGCUGGAGGAAGACCUGAACAAGUGGCAGGCGCUGCUGGUGCAGAUCCGCAAGGCCCGCGGCACCUUCGACAACGCAGAGACCAGGAAGGAGUUCGGGCCCGUCAUCAUCGACUACGGCAAGGUCCAGUCUAAAGUGAACCUGAAGUACGACUCGUGGCAUAAGGAGGUGCUGAGCCGCUUUGGGCAGAUGCUGGGAAACAACAUGCAGGACUUCCACUCGCAGAUCUCCAAGUCUCGGCAAGAGCUGGAGCAGCACUCGGUGGACACGGCCAGCACGUCUGACGCCGUCACCUUCAUCACGUACGUGCAGACGCUUAAACGCAAGAUCAAGCAGUUCGAGAAGCAAGUGGACCUCUUCCGCAACGGCCAGCGUCUGCUGGAGAAGCAGCGGUUCCAGUUCCCUCCAUCCUGGCUGUACAUCGACAACAUCGAGGGCGAGUGGGGCGCCUUCAGCGACAUCAUGAAGCGCAAAGACACGGCCAUCCAGCAGCAGGUGGCCAACCUCCAGAUGAAGAUCGUGCAGGAGGACCGCGCCGUGGAGAACCGCACCACCGACCUGCUGGCCGACUGGGAGAAGACCAAACCUGUGGCUGGGAGUCUGCGGCCAGAGGAGGCGUUGCAGUCGCUCACCAUCUAUGAAGGAAAGUUCGGCCGUCUGAAGGAUGACAGAGAGAAGUGUGCCAAGGCCAAAGAGGCUCUGGAGCUGACGGACACGGGCCUGCCCAGCAGCAGCGAGGAGAGAGUACAGCAGGUGGCUCUGGAGGAGCUGCAGGACCUGAAGGGUGUGUGGUCGGAGCUGUCGAAGGUGUGGGAGCAGAUCGACCAGAUGAAGGAGCAGCCGUGGGUCUCUGUGCAGCCGCGCAAGCUCCGCCAGAGUCUGGACGGACUCCUCAACCAGCUGAAGAACUUCCCGGCGCGGCUGCGUCAGUACGCCUCCUAUGAGUACGUGCAGCGGCUGCUGAAGGGCUACAUGAAGGUCAACAUGCUGGUGAUCGAGCUGAAGUCGGAGGCGCUGAAGGACCGGCACUGGAAGCAGCUGAUGAAGCGUCUGCACGUCAACUGGGUGCUGUCCGAGCUCAGCCUGGGCCAGAUCUGGGACGUGGACCUGCAGAAGAACGAGAUGGUGGUGAAGGACGUGCUGCUGGUGGCGCAGGGAGAGAUGGCGCUCGAGGAGUUCCUCAAACAGGUGGAGCUGGACCUGGUCAACUACCAGAACAAGUGUCGCCUGAUCCGCGGCUGGGACGAUCUGUUCAACAAGGUGAAGGAGCACAUCAACAGCGUGUCGGCCAUGAAGCUGUCGCCAUACUAUAAGGUGUUUGAGGAGGACGCUCUGAGCUGGGAGGACAAGCUGAACCGCAUCAUGGCGCUGUUCGACGUGUGGAUCGAUGUGCAGCGCCGCUGGGUUUACCUGGAGGGCAUCUUCACAGGAAGUGCAGACAUCAAACACCUGCUGCCUGUGGAGACGCAGCGCUUCCAGAGCAUCAGCACAGAGUUCCUGGCUCUGAUGAAGAAGGUGACCAAGUCUCCGCUGGUGAUGGACGUGCUGAACAUCCAGGGGGUUCAGAGGUCUCUGGAGAGACUGGCGGAUCUGCUGGGGAAGAUCCAGAAGGCUCUGGGGGAGUAUCUGGAGAGAGAGCGCUCGUCCUUCCCCAGGUUCUACUUUGUGGGUGAUGAAGAUCUGCUGGAGAUCAUCGGCAACAGCAAGAACGUGGCCAAACUGCAGAAGCACUUCAAGAAGAUGUUUGCAGGCGUCUCCAGCAUCCUGCUGAACGAGGACAACACUGAGGUGCUGGGCAUCUCGUCCCGCGAGGGAGAGGAGGUGCUGUACAAGACGGCGGUCUCCAUCACUGAGCACCCCAAGAUCAACGAGUGGCUGACGCUGGUGGAGCGCGAGAUGCGGGUGACGCUGGCCAAGCUGCUGGCGGAGUCGGUGACGGAGGUGGGCGGAUUCAACAAGGGCACGGGCAUCGACCUGACCACCUACAUCAGCUGGAUCGACCGCUACCAGGCCCAGCUGGUGGUUCUGUCCACCCAGAUCGACUGGUCUGAGAAUGUGGAGAGCAUCACGGAGCUGGUGCACCAGAGAGACGUGACCCGAACCCUCAUCAAGAACAAGAUCGAUAACCCCAAGUCGUUCGAGUGGCUGAGCCAGAUGCGCUUCUACUUCGACCCCAAGCAGACGGACGUGCUGCAGCAGCUCUCCAUCCAGAUGGCCAACGCCAAGUUCAACUACGGCUUCGAGUAUCUGGGGGUGCAGGAGAAGCUGGUGCAGACGCCGCUCACCGACCGCUGCUACCUCACCAUGACACAGGCGCUGGAGGCCCGGCUGGGGGGAUCCCCCUUCGGGCCGGCUGGAACUGGAAAGACCGAGUCUGUGAAGGCGCUGGGGCAUCAGCUGGGCCGCUUCGUGCUGGUCUUCAACUGUGACGAGACCUUCGACUUCCAGGCGAUGGGUCGUAUAUUCGUGGGUCUCUGUCAGGUGGGCGCGUGGGGCUGCUUCGAUGAGUUCAACCGGCUGGAGGAGCGCAUGCUGUCAGCUGUGUCCCAGCAGGUGCAGUUCAUACAGGUGGCACUGAGGGAACACAGCAACCCCAACCGAGACCACAGUGUGCCCGUCACCACCGAGCUGCUGAAUAAGCAGGUGAAGGUGAGUGCGGAGAUGGCCAUCUUCAUCACCAUGAACCCCGGAUACGCCGGACGCUCCAACCUGCCGGAUAACCUGAAGAAGCUGUUCCGCAGCCUGGCCAUGACCAAACCCGACCGGCAGCUGAUCGCGCAGGUCAUGCUGUACUCACAGGGCUUCCGCACCGCCGAGACGCUCGCCAAGAAGAUCGUGCCCUUCUUCAAGUUGUGUGACGAGCAGCUCUCCUCUCAGUCCCACUAUGACUUUGGUCUGCGUGCGCUGAAGAGUGUGUUGAUCAGCGCCGGGAACGUGAAGCGCGAGCGCAUCCAGAAGAUCAAGCGGGAGAAGUGUGAGCGCGGAGAGGAUGUGGACGAGAACGAGAUCGCCGAGAACCUUCCGGAGCAGGAGAUCCUGAUCCAGAGUGUGUGUGAGACGAUGGUGCCGAAGCUGGUGGCGGAGGACAUCCCUCUGCUGUUCAGCCUGCUGUCGGACGUGUUCCCGGGUGUGCAGUACAUGCGCGGGGAGAUGACGGCGCUGCGGGAAGAGCUGAAGAAGGUGUGUGCCGAGAUGUACCUGACCUACGGGGACGGAGACGACGUGGGCAGCAUGUGGGUGGAGAAGGUCCUGCAGCUCUACCAGAUCACUCAGAUCAACCACGGCCUCAUGAUGGUGGGUCCGUCCGGCAGCGGGAAGACCCUGGCCUGGAGGGUUCUGCUGAAGGCUCUGGAGCGGCUGGAGGGGGUGGAGGGGGUCGCUCACAUCAUCGACCCCAAAGCCAUCAGCAAAGACCACCUGUACGGCACGCUGGACCCCAACACACGCGAGUGGACCGACGGGCUCUUCACACACGUGCUGCGCAAGAUCAUUGAUAACGUGCGCGGGGAGCUGCAGAAGCGGCAGUGGAUCAUCUUUGAUGGAGAUGUGGAUCCUGAAUGGGUGGAGAAUCUGAACUCUGUGCUGGACGACAACAAGCUGCUGACACUGCCCAACGGAGAGCGCCUCAGCCUGCCGCCAAACGUACGCAUCAUGUUCGAGGUGCAGGACCUGAAGUACGCCACUCUGGCCACCGUGUCGCGCUGUGGGAUGGUGUGGUUCAGUGAGGACGUGCUCAGCACAGACAUGAUCUUCAACCACUUCCUGGCACGCCUGCGCAGCAUCCCAUUGGACGAGGGACAGAUCCAGAGGGACGCCGCGGCCGUCCUGCAGCCGUAUUUCACCUCCACCGGGCUGGUGAUCAAGGCUCUGGAGCACGCCUCAAAGAUGGAGCACAUCAUGGACUUCACCCGGCUGCGCUCGCUGGGCUCGCUCUUCUCCAUGCUGCACCAGGCCUGCAGGAACAUCGCCCUGUACAACAACAACCAUCCCGACUUCCCCAUGCCCAUCGACCAGCUGGAGAAGUACAUGCAGAAAUAUCUGAUCUACGCCGUGCUGUGGUCGUUUUCUGGAGACAGCCGGCUGAAGAUGAGAGCAGAACUGGGAGAAUACAUCCGCAGAAUCACCACGGUUUCUCUGCCGUCUGCACCCAACGUGCCCAUCAUCGACUACGAGGUGUCCAUCACGGGCGAGUGGCAGUCCUGGCAGGGGAAGGUGCCCCAGAUCGAGGUGGAGACCCAUAAGGUGGCGUCCCCUGAUGUGGUGGUGCCGACUCUGGAUACGGUGCGGCACGAGGCUCUGCUGUACACGUGGCUGGCGGAGCACAAACCGCUGGUGCUCUGUGGCCCGCCGGGCUCUGGAAAGACCAUGACCCUGUUCAGCGCACUCCGAGCCCUGCCCGACAUGGAGGUGGUGGGCCUGAACUUCUCCAGCGCCACGACCCCAGAGCUGCUGCUGAAGACGUUCGAUCAUUACUGUGAGUACCGCAGGACUCCUAACGGGGUGGUUCUGGCGCCGGUGCAGCUGGGCAAGUGGCUGGUGCUGUUCUGUGAUGAGAUCAACCUGCCGGACAUGGACAAAUACGGCACACAGCGCGUCAUCUCCUUCAUCAGACAGAUGGUGGAGCACGGCGGCUUCUACCGCACCUCAGACCAGACGUGGGUGAAGCUGGAGCGGAUACAGUUCGUGGGGGCCUGCAACCCCCCUACAGACCCGGGCCGCAAGCCACUGUCAUACAGGUUUCUGCGGCAUGUGCCGGUGGUGUAUGUGGAUUAUCCCGGGCCGGCGUCGCUCACACAGAUCUACGGCACCUUCAACAGGGCGAUGCUGAGGCUCAUCCCGUCACUGCGCACCUUCGCCGAGCCGCUCACCGCCGCCAUGGUGGAGUUCUACACCAUGUCUCAGGAGCGCUUCACCCAGGACACACAGCCGCACUACAUCUACUCCCCCAGAGAGAUGACCCGCUGGGUCAGGGGGAUCUUUGAGGCCCUUCGGCCCCUGGAGACGCUGCCGGUGGAGGGCCUGAUCCGCAUCUGGGCUCACGAGGCACUGCGGCUCUUCCAGGACAGGUGUGUGCUGAACUGGUUUGGCGACUGGUCGACUGAAGCGCUGUACCAGGUGGGUAAAGAGUUUACCAGUAAGAUGGACCUGGAGAAGCCCAACUAUAAGGUCCCGGAUUACAUGCCCAUCGUAUACGACAAGCUGCCGCAGCCGCCCACACACCGAGAGGCCAUCGUCAACGGCUGCGUGUUCGUGCAUCAGACGCUGCACCAGGCUAACAACCGUCUGGCGAAGCGUGGCGGCCGCACCAUGGCCAUCACCCCGCGCCAUUACCUGGACUUCAUCAACCACUACGCCAACCUGUUCAACGAAAAGCGCAGCGAGCUGGAGGAGCAGCAGAUGCAUCUGAACGUGGGGCUGCGCAAGAUCAAGGAGACCGUCGACCAGGUGGAGGAGCUGCGGCGUGACCUGCGCAUCAAGAGUCAGGAGCUGGAGGUGAAGAACGCCGCCGCUAACGACAAGCUGAAGAAGAUGGUGAAGGACCAGCAGGAGGCUGAGAAGAAGAAGGUCAUGAGCCAGGAGAUACAGGAAGCGGUUUACAAGCAGCAGGAAGUGAUUAAAGACAAGCAGCUGCGGGUGAAGCAGGAUCUGGAUCAGGUGGAGCCGGCCGUCAUCGAGGCCCAGAACGCGGUCAGCUCGAUAAAGAAGCACCAUCUUGUUGAAGUGCGUGCGAUGGCUAACCCACCGGCCGCCGUUAAACUGGCUCUAGAGUCGAUCUGCCUCCUGCUCGGGGAGGAGACUAAUGACUGGAAAAAGAUCAGACAAGUUAUUAUCAGAGACAAUUUCAUCUCCAGCAUAGUCAACUUUGUCUCUGAGGACAUGAGCGACUCCAUCCGGGAGAAGAUGAAGAAGAACUACAUGUCCAACCCCAGCUACAACUACGAGCAAGUCAACCGCGCAUCGCUAGCCUGCGGACCCAUGGUGAAGUGGGCCAUCGCUCAGCUGAAUUACGCAGACAUGCUGAAGCGUGUGGAGCCGCUGCGUAACGAGCUGCAGAAGCUGGAGGACGACGCUAAAGACAACAAGACCAAAGCGGAGGAGGUGGAGCAGAUGAUCCGCGACCUGGAGGCUAGCAUAGCACGCUACAAGGAGGAGUACGCCGUGCUAAUCUCUGAGGCGCAGGCCAUCAAGGCAGACCUGGCGGCGGUCGAGGCUAAGGUGAACCGCAGCACGGCGCUGCUGAAGAGUCUGUCGGCGGAGCGCGAGCGCUGGGAGAAGACCAGCGAGACCUUCAAGAACCAGAUGUCCACCAUCGCCGGAGACUGCCUGCUGUCCGCCGCCUUCAUCGCCUACGCCGGCUACUUCGACCAGCAGAUGCGGCAGAACCUGUUCACCACCUGGUCACAUCACCUGCAACAGGCCAACGUGCAGUUCCGCACAGACAUCGCCAGGACCGAGUAUCUGUCCAAUGCGGACGAGCGGCUGCGCUGGCAGGCUAACUCACUGCCCGCCGACGACCUGUGCACAGAGAACGCCAUCAUGCUGAAGCGCUUCAACAGGUAUCCGCUGAUCAUCGACCCCUCCGGUCAGGCCACAGAGUUCAUCAUGAAUGAGUAUAAGGAUAAGAAGAUCACGCGCACCAGCUUCCUGGACGACGCCUUCCGCAAAAAUCUGGAGAGCGCUCUGCGGUUCGGGAACCCUCUGCUGGUGCAGGACGUGGAGAGCUACGACCCCAUCCUGAACCCAGUGCUGAACCGCGAGGUGCGCAGGACCGGCGGCCGUGUGCUCAUCACACUAGGGGACCAGGACAUCGACCUGUCUCCAUCAUUCGUCAUCUUCCUGUCCACAAGAGACCCCACGGUGGAGUUCCCCCCUGACCUCUGCUCGCGUGUGACCUUCGUGAACUUCACGGUGACCCGCAGCAGUCUGCAGAGCCAGUGUCUGAACGAGGUGCUGAAGGCGGAGCGGCCCGACGUGGACGAAAAGCGCUCGGACCUGCUCAAGCUGCAGGGUGAGUUCCAGCUCCGUCUCCGUCAGCUGGAGAAGUCUCUGCUGCAGGCGCUGAAUGAGGUCAAGGGUCGUAUCCUGGAUGACGACACCAUCAUCACUACGCUGGAGAACCUGAAGAAGGAGGCGGCUGAGGUGACGCGCAAGGUGGAGGAGACGGACAUCGUGAUGCAGGAGGUGGAGUCGGUGUCGCAGCAGUACCUGUCGCUCUCCACCGCCUGCAGCAGCAUAUACUUCACCAUGGAGGCGCUCAACCAGAUGCACUUCCUGUACCAGUACUCUCUGCACCUCUUCCUGGACAUUUACCACACUGUGCUGUACGAGAACUCCAGCCUGAAGAGUGUCAGCGACCACACACAGCGCCUGUCGCUCAUCACCAAAGACCUGUUCCAGGUGGCGUUUAACCGAGUUGCUCGAGGAAUGCUGCAUCAGGAUCACAUCACGUUUGCUGUGCUGCUGGCCCGCAUCUACCUGAAGAGCCUGGUCAGUGAGCCGUCGUUUGAUGCGGAAUUCCAGCACUUCCUGCGGGGUAAAGAGAUGGUGCAGAGCGGUGUUAGCGCGCCCAAGCUGAAGGGUCUGACCGGGGAGCAGGCUGAGGCCAUGGUGCGACUGAGCCGACUGCCGGCAUUUAAAGACCUGGAGACCAAAGUACAGGCUGACGAGCAAAUCUUCAUGUGGUUGGAGAGUAACUCUCCAGAGCUGUCGGUGCCGUACCUGUGGACGGAGGAGAAGACAUCCACUGUGAUUGGUCAGGCUGUCCACCAGCUGCUGCUGAUCCAGGCGUUCCGGCCGGACCGUCUGCUGGCGAUGUCUCACAUCUUCGUGUCUAAAGUGAUGGGAGAGAACUUCAUGGCCAUCAUAGACCAGCCACUCGACCUGGCCAACAUCGUGGACAGCGAGGUGAAGCCGGGCACGCCGGUGCUCAUGUGUUCUGUGCCCGGGUAUGAUGCCAGCGGGUUGGUUCGGGAUCUGGCUGCAGAGCAGAACAAACACAUCACCUCCGUCUCCAUCGGAUCUGCUGAAGGCUUCAACAAGGCCGACAGAGACAUCAACACUGCAGUGAAGUCUGGCAGGUGGGUGAUGCUGGAGAAUGUGCAUCUGGCUCCUGGUUGGCUGAUGCAGCUGGAGAAGAAGCUUCACUCCAUGCAGCCGCACGCCAGCUUCCGGCUCUUCCUCACCAUGGAGAUCAACCCUAAGGUCCCUGUGAACCUGCUGCGCGCCGGACGCAUCUUCGUGUUCGAGCCUCCGCCGGGCAUGAAGGCUAACAUGCUGCGCACCUUCAGCAGUAUCCCAGUGGCGCGCAUGUGCAAGGCUCCUAAUGAAAGGGCGCGCCUCUACUUCCUGUUAGCCUGGUUCCACGCCGUCAUCCAGGAGCGCCUGCGCUACGCUCCGCUCGGCUGGUCCAAGAAGUACGAGUUCGGGGAGUCGGACCUGCGCUCGGCCUGCGACACCGUGGACACCUGGCUGGACGAUACCGCAAAGGGUCGUCAGAACAUCCCUCCGGACCGCAUCCCGUGGGCGGCGCUGCAGACGCUGAUGGCGCAGUCGAUCUACGGCGGACGCAUCGAUAACGAGUUCGACCAGCGGCUGCUCAACACCUUCCUGGAGCGCCUGUUCACCUGCAGCAGCUUCGACAGCGAGUUCAAGCUGGCGCUCAAGGUGGACGGACACAAGGACAUCAAGAUGCCGGACGGGAUACGGCGUGAGGAGUUCAUCCACUGGGUGGAGAUGCUGCCGGACACUCAGACUCCAUCAUGGCUGGGUCUGCCGAGCAACGCCGAGAAGGUCCUGCUCACGACUCAGGGCACUGACAUGAUGGCGAAGCUGCUGAAAAUGCAGAUGCUGGAGGAUGAGGACGACCUGGCCUAUGAGACGGAGAAGAAGCAGCGCAGCACCUCCAGCUCUGACGCGCAGCCCGCCUGGAUGAGGAGCCUGCACAGCACCGCACGCACCUGGCUGCAGCUCAUACCUGAGAGCGUCAACCCGCUCAAACGCACCGUGGAGAACAUCAAGGAUCCGCUGUUCCGCUUCUUCGAGCGUGAGGUGAAGAUGGGCUCCCGGAUGCUGCAGGACGUGCGUCAGGAUCUGACUGAUGUGGUGCAGGUGUGUGAGGGCAAGAAGAAGCAGACCAACGUCCUGCGCACACUCAUCAACGACAUGGUCAAAGGUAUCCUGCCGCGGAGCUGGAGCCGCUACACGGUGCCGGCGGCGAUGACGGUCCUGCAGUGGGUCGGGGACUUCAGCGAGCGGAUCCAGCAGCUGCAGCAGAUCUCACAGGGCGCCGCCAGCGGGGGCGCUAAAGAGCUGAAGAACAUCCAUGUGAACCUGGGUCGCCUGUUCGUGCCGGAGGCCUACAUCACGGCCACGCGUCAGUACGUAGCGCAGGCUAACAGCUGGUCCCUGGAGGAGCUCUACCUGGAGGUGAACGUGACGUCUGCAGCCGCUGCGGCUCUGGACGCCUGCAGCUUCGGCAUCAGGGGCCUGAAGCUGCAGGGUGCCACCUGUGCUAAUAAUAAGCUGUCUCUGUCCACCACCAUCUCCACUGAGCUCCCGCUGACACACCUGCGCUGGGUGAAGCAGAGCAGCAGCGAGAAGAGGAACAUGGUGACGCUGCCGGUGUAUCUGAACUUCACCAGAGCUGAUCUGAUCUUCACUGUGGACUUCGACAUCGCCACCAAGGAGGAUCCACACCACUUCUACGAGCGCGGCGUCGCCAUCCUCUGCACCGAGUAGAGCAGUGUGUGUGUGCGCGCGCGCUAGUGCUAAUACUGUAGCGGACGUACAUUAACCAUUACUCUCUUUAUCUGGGACGAGUCAGAAAGCUGGAGCAUGUUGGAGAACAGACGGGAGUGUGAGUGAGUGAGUGAGUGAGUGAGUGAGUGAGUGAGUGAGUGAGUGAGUGAGUGAGUGAGUGA